AUGGACAUUACUUGGCAGAUUGCCAUGGCUAUCUUCAGAGCCAAACAAUUCGCCAAGAAAACAGGGAAAAACAACUGGGAUAUGAAUGCUGAAAAAAAGGUGGGAUUUAACAAAAGUAUGCUGAGAUGUUUUAACUGCCACGAGUCGGGUCACUUUGCUCGUGACUGCCAAAGGCCAGAUUGCAGAAUCAACAACAACCGACAGAUGGUUGCAGUAGGAAACAAUCGUGCAGGAGCUACAACCAAUGGAGAAACAACUAUGGUUGUUCAAUCAUUUGAUUGGGAGGAACAAAUUCAAGCUUUAAACAUCACAGGGUCAGAAAAUGCUCAUCUAGCUCAAAUUGAUGACGCAGCUUCAAAGAAUAAUGAUACUGAUCCUGAGGCAGAAAUGAUGGAGCUGCAGUUUGCCCUAAUGGUUUCCACCUCCUCUAAGCCCAAGAAAAGCGAGAACGAAACUGACAGGGAGCCACAUCUUCGAUAUGGAAAACUUGCUGGUUUUGUUUCAAGAGGUUUUAUUAACAUUGAAAGUACUAAUGUUUCUACUUCCUCUGCAGAUACACCCUUAGAUCAGGCCAAGUGUGAAGCUAGAGAAUCUGUUUCUGUUUUUAAUUCUGAUUUUUCUAUCGUGAACAAAUUUGAGUGUGUUUCUGAUGAUAAGACUGAAAAAGCUCCUUGUGUUUUUACUAACAAAACUCGAAACAGGUUGUCAAAACCGAACAAGGCUCAGCCAAGAUCGGUUUCAUCAAAAAGCACUUCUAGAUCUUCUACUAAUUUUGGUAGAAAAUCCAGAAGGUCUAUGCAAACUCCUUUGAAGUCUAUUUCAAUAUCAUCAGAGACUGUUGUAAAACCUAAACUUCAAUGGAAGCCCAAAUCGCUCUCUAGUUCAUCAUUACCUCCUUCUGAAGUGAUUAGAAAUGAAGAUCCUAAUUUGCAAAUUUUAAAGUCUAAAUCAGAAAAGGGACAGUUGCGGAGGAAUAUCGUCCGUCCUUGGUACGUCGAUAGCGGCUGUUCCCGGCAUAUGACUGGAGCCAUCUCCCAACUGAGCGAAAUUCAAUCUUUUAAUGGGGGUUAUGUUUCCUUUGCGGGCGGAGACAGUGGAAAGAUCACACAGCGUGGAACUAUUACAAAUGGAGUGUUGAGCUUUGAAAAUGUCAACUUUUCACCCGAAUUAAAGCAUAGUUUGUUGAGUGUUUCUCAGAUAUGUGACAAAGGCUACUCAACGCACUUUACUGAUAAAGAGUGUAUAAUUCUCAAGCCUGGCAUCGUCAUCCCAUAA